AUGGUCACUCGUAGGCAGGGUCCACUAGGACUAGAGUAUAGACUGAGGAGUGCUCUCUUGGCAGCACGCAGAAAGGAGCGACUUGCCCCGCGAGCCCCUGGUAUACAGGAUGUUCCACCUCCUUCUUAUAAUAUUCUAGAGUCUUCCUCCAGACCGUCUACUUCACCUCCUUCUGGGUCUUCUUCAGUUGAUUAUGCCCUUGUCAGUCCGCGGAGCCGGAUUCCAAUACAUAGCCAUUUUGACAUCCCUCUAGCGGAUGAUCCAACUGACCCUUCUUCUCCGACUGAGCAUCCUUCACCAGAGCAGCCUAACGAGCCUCCUACCAACGCUGUUCCUGCUGACCCACCAGCUCCUGCAGGUGACAUUACUUCCGACCCUCAGCGAGCAGCCACUCCUCCACCACAGAUUAGCCAGCACCCUGAUAUCCCUGAUGAUGUCAUUUAUCUCAUUGCAGAAUACUAA